AUGAACGAUCUGAUGUCCCUGGGAAUCCAUCGCCUGUGGAAGGAUUACUUUGUCCGCAGUCUCAACCCGGGCAGACGAACCAGCGAAACAGGGUGGAAUAUCCUUGAUGUGGCGGGCGGCACCGGCGACAUUGCAUUCCGCAUGCUUGACCACGCGACCAAUGUGAACCUUGACCUCAAAACCAAAGUGACUAUUGCAGACAUCAAUGCAGACAUGCUAGCUGAAGGCCAGAAAAGAGCUCAGGAAACACCGUAUUGGAAUUCAGGCAGACUGUCAUUUAUGGAGGGAAAUGCUGAAUCCAUGCCUUCUGUUAAGUCGGAAUCGAUUGAUCUUUAUACGGUCGCAUUUGGAAUCCGCAACUUCACAAACAAGGAAGCCGCCAUUCGCGAAGCAUUUCGAGUCCUUAAACCAGGCGGGGUUUUUGCGUGUCUAGAGUUCAGCCACGUCAACAACUCCCUGUUCAAUGCUGUCUACAAAAGGUGGAGCUUCGGGGCAAUUCCUUUGAUAGGCCAAUUGGUCGCCGGUGAUCGAGAUAGCUAUCAAUAUCUUGUCGAAAGCAUCGAACGGUUUCCCACGCAAGAGGAGUUCAAGGAAAUGAUCGAAGAAGCCGGAUUUGUCACACCAGGACAAGGCUACGAGGAUCUGACGGGAGGCAUCGCUAGCAUCCAUCGAGGUGUGAAGCCGUUAUAA